AUGAAUGAAUGUCCGAGGCGACUGACUGCUUUCUUCUGCCUCUUCACGGUAGCCUUCUGGAUCGGUGUCACGAGGAACCUCUACUGCGAUGCAGAAGCGCUGCAGAACAUCCAGCCACCCUUCGAUGGGCAGCUGAUGCCGGCAAACAUAACGCUUGUUGAGAGGAAAUACUUGCUGAUCCAGUUUACGAAGUUGGUGGACGUUUACGACGCGAGCCAGAAUCAUGUGGGCUACUUCUACGACAUCAACUUGUUUGUCAUCAUGCGCUUUGGAUUUUCUGAUGCAAAAGGCAGAAUCUGGUUCGAGGCACGAUAUGCGUCGUUCCUGUCUCGCUUCAAGCCCAUCAUCGAGUACAACCUCCAGCGCUGCGCAGGGCUCUUAGUCAGAAGAUGA